AUGACCGACAGUUACGUUUGGAACGUCGUGAAGGUGAUGGAGCAUCAAACGUCCACUGCUAUUGAAUUGUUGAGGAGUAAAGACGCCCUCAGCUCGUCCUUCGUGACUCACUUCAUAGACUUCAUACCGAUGUAUUCGGCAAACGCGGCGUACAAUGCGCUAAGCAACGUGAUUUAUAUUCCUCCAGGCUUAAUGGUCCGGCCAAUUUUCACUUAUGGCGGAGCACCUGAAUUGAACUACGGUGCGCUGGGCGGGAUACUGACACACGAAAUUAUGCACGGCUUCGACGGUACCGGAAAAAAUUACGACGGUACAGGAAAAAGAACAGGCUGGUUUUCCGAAGCGAGUAACCGAGCGUACGCUAACCUCAUUGAGUGUCACAACGUCAACAUCGAGAACGCCCCAAAGGCAAGACACUACCAGGAUUACCCGGCCGAGUACUUAGCGGAUACGAUGGGCAGAGGGUCAAUACUGAAGGUGUACAGGAAAGCUUUUAAAAAAUCGCCCGUGAGCCUGGGCAUCUGA